AUGGAUCUCCACGAACUAGAACGUUUACGGGCAGAAAACGAACAACUCAAGGCCGAAUUGGCAUCCAAGCAGCACCAAAUAAAACAAAAUGACAUCAAGUCGUACAAAGGGCUUUCUUUCGAAGAACAUCGCCGGUAUGGUCGUCAGAUGAUAGUUUCUGAAUUUGGCUCAUUGACUUCCCAAUUGAAAUUAAAGCAAUGUAAAACCCUUGUAGUGGGUGCUGGAGGGCUCGGGUGUCCCUCGCUAAUGUAUUUAGUGGGAGCAGGAGUUGGAACCAUCGGAAUCGUCGAUGACGAUUUGGUGGACGAAACUAAUCUUCACCGCCAAGUUUUGCAUUCUACUACUUCUGUGGGCCGUCUCAAAUGUGAGUCUGCCAAGAGCUACUUACAGGAACUAAACCCCAACGUGAACAUUAUCACCUAUCCAGUUCGACUUUCAAACAAAAAUGCAUUUGAAAUUUUUGCAGAUUUCGACUUGGUGCUCGAUUGUACCGAUUCCCCAGCCUCCAGAUACCUCAUCAACGAUGUCGCAGUAUACUUUAACAUUCCAGUCGUCAGCGGGUCUGGCCUCCGUACUGAGGGACAGCUCUCUGUGUUCAACUACGAAAAUGGCCCUUGUUAUCGCUGUUUUUAUCCCGAUCCUCCGGCUGCAAAUUCUGUGACUUCUUGCUCUGAAGGAGGAGUCUUGGGACCUGUUAUAGGGUUGUUGGGGACUGCUAUGGCUGUCGAAGCAAUCAAGGUAAUAACUGGAUUUUACCACAACACUUUCAAGCCGUUUCUCACCAUGUAUAGUGCCUACCCUCAGCAGACGUUCCGAGUAUUCAAAAUGAGGGGAAAGCAAAAAACUUGCCUUUGCAACCAUAUCACGAGGCAAGCGAUCGAGUCCAUUGACUACUCCGAGUUCUGUGGAACUCUUGGGCCCGUCAACUUGUUGUCUCACGACCAAAGAAUAUCGGUCCAUGAUUAUAACUCAGUCCGAAAUUCGGACCAUGUUCUACUCGAUGUCCGUCCAAAAGAACAGUUUGAAGUGUCGAGCUUCCCUGGUGCUGUCAAUAUUCCUUGGGAUUCAGUCCUUAGCAAAACCACUAACAUUGACAAAAUUGAUCAGCUUCAACUUCCACCCAAAAGUCCCAUAUACGUUGUUUGCAGAUACGGCAAUGAUUCCCAGUUGGCGACAAAGAAGCUACUUGACAUGGGAUGGAACAAUGUCAAGGAUAUCAAAGGCGGUGUCUCGAGAUGGUACUCUGAAGUUGACCAGAAUAUUCCCUUUUACUAG